UGAAGAGAGUUAUCUCCUCAAACCUGUAUCAAUGGCUGCCGUGUGCUCUGCCAGGCUAUCCUUCCUUGCUGGUGGAAAGGCAGGACAAGUUGUUGGGAUAAACAGAUGAAUGGUGUGCUCUGUAAAUGUGGCAUACAAGGCUGCGUGUGCUAAUGUUUAACUUGUCUCUUGUUUUUCUUUCCAUCCAUUAGGCAAUACUGAGUGGUGCACAUCUCAACAAAGUCUCCUAGCAACCUUUCCUGCAGGGCUGAAUGACAGCAGAAGCUGCCAGGUGAACCCGUGAGCCUGUAAGGAGGCGAAACCGGGACACACCAUGGGUCAGAAGGUCACAGGUGGGAUAAAGACUGUGGAUAUGAGGGACCCUGUGUACAGGCCGUUGAAACAGGAGCUCCAAGGACUCGACUACAGCAAACCCACACGGCUGGACUUGCUGCUGGACAUGCCUCCCGUGUCCUACGAAGUGCAGUUGUUGCACUCGUGGAACAACGACGACCGCUCGCUGAACGUGUUCGUGAAGGAGGACGACAAACUCAUAUUUCACCGGCAUCCGGUGGCCCAGAGCACAGACGCCAUCAGGGGCAAGGUGGGGUACACCCGGGGGCUGCACGUGUGGCAGAUCACCUGGGCCAUGCGGCAGCGGGGCACCCACGCCGUGGUCGGGGUGGCCACGGCAGAUGCCCCCCUGCACUCGGUGGGGUACACGACCCUGGUGGGGAACAACCACGAGUCGUGGGGCUGGGACCUCGGCCGCAACAGACUCUACCACGACGGCAAGAACCAGCCCAGCAAAACCUACCCUGCCUUCCUGGAACCAGAUGAGACUUUCAUUGUGCCCGACUCCUUCCUGGUGGUCCUGGACAUGGAUGAUGGGACACUGAGCUUCAUUGUGGACGGGCAGUACAUGGGGGUUGCGUUCCGAGGACUCAAAGGGAAGAAGCUGUACCCGGUGGUGAGCGCGGUGUGGGGACACUGUGAGAUACGGAUGUGCUACUUGAACGGACUCGACCCUGAACCACUGCCUUUGAUGGACUUGUGUCGGCGAGCUGUGAGGCUGGCUCUGGGCAAGGAGAGACUGACUGAGAUCCCCACACUGCCCCUGCCAGCCUCCCUCAAGAGUUACCUGCUCUACCAAUGACCUUCGUGUCUGAGGACAGAGAGCUGGAACCAAGGCAACACUCAGAGCUGACCCACUGAGCAACGGGCUCUCCACCCUCGUGUCAUCGCUACUGUUGGGACUCCUUGGCCAAAGUAUUCCUGCCACUGCUUAAGCCUCCAUGUGCCCUUGUUGGCAAGCUCCCAAGUAAUCCUUGUUUCACAACUGAGUGUUUUGUUCUCUGGAAGUCACUUCCCCAGCACACUUACAAGAAGGGACACUCACAGAAGCUCUGUGCUUCCCUGCUUCUCCUGAGAAAAGCUGUGCUUUGUCCUUUGGGCACAAGGGCCUAGGAGUGAAUGAUUUGUCUGUACCAGCUAAAGGGAAGAACAUAAUCUGGGGAAAGGGAAGGCAUUAGGAAAGGUUAAGACUGGGUCCUAAGAAUGGAAAGGCAUGAGAUGUCCAGCAGAGUUGGAAAGAGUCUGGAAUACCAAGAGGAAUUAAUUGCUGAGUUUUUAAAAAGAAACAAACAAAAAAAACAAACUAAAAAAAGUACAACCCCAAGCCCUGAAACACCAAAACUAAAACCCUUCCACCAGGACACUUGUUAUUUGGAGGAGGAGGUUGUGUUGCUGAUGUCUGUAUCUCUGCUGGAACUUCUCACCAUGUUCUGGUGCUGUUUCACAGGUCACGAAUCCCAUGUUCUUGUUUGUCACCGUUGCUUUCUCCUGCUCUGUUCUCUUCUCUGCCUCUUCUUAGAGGGUUUGACUCAGUUGACUGAGCAGUCAGGUGUCUUCACCUGCCUUCUUCCCAACGUGAAACUGCAGGAUCGGGGAUACUUGCUGAUGUGGGGACAGGGAAGGGACAAGCUUCUGCAACAGGGGGCAGAAGAUGGAGACCAGCUUUAUGAGCUGAGAGUUGUUACACAGCUACAGGCCCUGUCACCUUGGGUCUGUUUUCUAAUCUGUUCCGUGGUAGGGCUUUAGAGGAACAUAUUGAUGUGUUUCUCUGAUGGCUCUGCCAGGGAAUUUUCUUCUUGGACAAGCUGCUUAUAUUCAUCCAAACCAUGCUUCCUUCUGUCAUAGACCAUUAGCAUAAUCUCCAUUUAACUAUGCAGCAGGAAUAGUUCUCCCUGUUUCUUGCUUGGGGGUGGGAAGUUGUCCCAGAGAAGGUGGUACCAGUAUGGGCUGCAGAAGUACUGUCAGCAGAUGACAAAUCCAGGAGGUGAUUGCUGCAGAAUGUCACUUGUGAGACCUUGGCAGAGGCCAGCGGGGUGAUCUUCAGGCACAGCAAGAAGAAACUAAACCUCUCCAGAGCUGGGGGGCAGGAGAGAACUGCAAUAAACAGGACAAGCAAUUCAGGCAAAAUCAGCACAUCCCAAAUAGAUUCUCACCUCAGUAGCCGAGUAAAGAGGAUGACACUCCUUUACUAGCAGGAGCUGCUCUCUUGACCUCUCCACAGGUUACUAUGCUGCCUUUCUGGGGUUAUUUUGCACAUUUCUUUGUCUUGAAAAAAUGUUUGUGUGGUUGGUUUUUUUUGCUCUUGAGUUAUUCCUUCAGUUCUGUGUAGGUACAAAUGAGUUUAGUUGUUGAAAAUGUUAAUAUAUAUAUUUGUGGUGUAUGUAUAAGAACAUGUUUUAAACAGCUGCUGUAGGGUACCUUUUUUAAAAUAAACUACUUGCAUAGUAUAUUUUUUAAAGCACAGAAUUGGUGCCAAGACUGGGUGGGGUGUGAUGUGCCCCUUUUUUAUUCUAAUAUUAUAUGAUUUUGUUUUUUCAGUGUAGGGGUUUGUACUAGUUUCUGUUGCAGGGUGGGACACAAGAAAAUUCAGUGUGUGUGGAGCCCUACUUGGUUGCCUUCAACUUGAACCAGUGUCUUCCAGAACUCCAGGGAAGUAGCUGUGUUCUCCCUACUUCUAAUGCUCUUUGUGCUCCCACGUUUCCCUCUCUUCUCACUUCACCAGGACAUUACUUUGUACAGUUUUAAAUUCUGACUAUUUUAUGACUGUAGAUAAUACUCAGUAACCUAAUAAACUUUAUUAAAUAUUA